AUGGAUAAGAAUUCUAGCCGUCUGAGAGCUAUAAAUUUGACAAAGUUACAGGACUCUUAUAGGAGAUAUGUUCGUGUAGUUCCACGUCAUUUGAGAGUAAAGGAAUUAUCUGAUAGUUGGCACUCCCGUACGCCUGAUUAUAGGUUAAACUUAACCCACUCGAAGUGGAAUAAGAGGUUAAGUAACUGGCGUAGACUUGUUCACCGUUGGGACCGCAUCAGUGACUCCCAGUGUGAUUUAUUAUCAGACUGUUUAAAUCGUGGCGAUCUUGAGGAAUUUGUAUCCAUUUGUGAAGGUAGUAAUAAGGAAAAGGUUGAUUUUGACGUUUGUGACCACUUACUUAACCAACACACUGCUGACUUAUACUAUCCAAUAAUUUAUAAGCCUUUCUGGUUUAAAGGUGAUAUCAACAGUAACGGGUUCCAAACUGUUGAUGAAACUACAUUUUUAACCAAGUCUAAACAGCUUUUAAACACUCUAGACAAACCUUUUUAUGAUAAUUUUAUCUCCACCUAUACUAACACGAGAUUAUCGUAA